CGUAGCUCGUGUGAGGUGGGCGUGACUCCGAGUAGCCUGUGCUAGCUAAUGCUAGAGGAAAAUCCAUCCUGGGAAUAUUUGCAAAACGAAACCAAAUUGAUUGAUUAAAACAAGUACGGGACACAACGUUGUCGCAGGAGGUUUACCUGCAUCCCUAAAAAGACUCAAUGGCAACCGACAUGCCCAAGGACACUGUGCCGAGGCCUUAUCCCGCCCCGGGCCCACCCCAUGACACCGCCCCAGCUCCCACUCACGCUCCCGGGGCUUUUUCAGCCCAAGACCAGAUUCCCGUCGAUGUGCCGGCCGUAACUGAAAUCCAAGACACAGCGAUGACCCCAGAGCCUGAUGCUCCCCCGGAUCUCACCCCUGCUCUUCAUGCAGAUGCUGAACCGGUCCUUGUUCCGGGCACUGAGCUUCCCCCGUUCCCUCUGCUGCCAGUCAGCGCUAAGAACGCCAGCUGCAAGAUCAUGACCUUCCGGCCCACCGUGGAGGAGUUCAAAGACUUCGCAAAAUACAUAGUCUACAUGGAGACUCAAGGAGCUCACCGUGCUGGCCUGGCUAAGGUGAUUCCCCCGGAGGGCUGGAAGCCACGGAGGUCCUAUGACACCAUCGACGACAUGGUCAUUCCAGCUCCCAUCAUGCAGGUGGUGACCGGGCAGUCGGGUCUAUUCACCCAAUACAACAUUCAGAAAAAGUCUAUGACCGUAAACGAUUACCGCAAGCUGGCCAACAGCAAGAAGUACUGCACUCCUCGGCACAAAGACUUUGACGACCUAGAGAGGAAGUACUGGAAGAACCUGACAUUUGUGUCGCCCAUUUAUGGUGCUGAUGUCAGUGGCUCAAUCUAUGAUGAGGACAUUCAAGAGUGGAACAUUGGCCAUCUCAACACACUGCUGGAUAUGGUGGAGCAGGAGUGUGGCAUCGUCAUCGAGGGUGUCAACACUCCCUACCUCUACUUUGGCAUGUGGAAGACCACAUUUGCCUGGCACACCGAGGACAUGGACCUCUACAGCAUCAACUACCUGCACUUUGGGCAGUCAAAGUCCUGGUAUGCCGUCCCACCGGAACAUGGCAAGAGGCUGGAGAGGCUGGCCAAAGGCUUCUUCCCGGGCAGCUCCCAAGGCUGUGACGCCUUCCUCCGCCACAAGAUGACGCUGAUAUCUCCUUCCAUUCUGAAGAAAUAUGGCAUUCCCUUUGACAGGAUUACUCAGAAUGAAGGGGAGUUUAUGGUGACCUUUCCCUACGGCUACCAUGCUGGCUUCAACCAUGGCUUCAACUGCGCAGAGUCAACUAACUUUGCCACCCUGCGCUGGGUCGACUACGGCAAAAUGGCUACCCAGUGUACCUGUCGCAAAGACAUGGUGAAGAUUUCCAUGGACGUGUUUGUGCGCUGCCUGCAGCCGGAUCGCUACGAGCUGUGGAAGCAGGGCAAAGACAGCACCGUGUUGGACCACCUUAAGGCCACUGGGCUCAGCUGCCCCGAACUAGAGCGCUGGCGGGAGCAUCGUGUGAGCCACAGAGCCAAUGUCCUGAGACGGGCCCUGCAGAAGGUGAAGCAAGUCCGUCGGCUAAAGCUGGAGGAGGUGAAGGUGCUGGCGCAGGAAGGCAUUGAGUUAAAUGCCGCCGAGUACCAACUUCAGGUGGAGCAGCGUGAGGCCCAACGGAGGCAAGCGAGAGAGGAGCGCCUAGCCAAGGAGGCCAUAAUGACCCUGGAGGCCAUGGAGCGAGAGGAGCAGGAGGCUGCCGAGGCUGCUGCCCGAGUCGCAGAAGCUCCAGCCGCAGAGGAAGCCGAAGUCAAACCACAGAACCCGUCGGAGAACAUACAGAAAAAGAGGCAAAAGAAGUCCAAGAAAUUGUCAAAUAUCUACAACACCAUGACUGCGUUUGAGGAAGUCUUUGACCAGUUUGCUACAACCAGCACCAAGACGGUCGGUCAACCAGCGGAGGAGAACCUUCUUACUCCGAGACAGAGUGAUCUCCCACUAGACAACAAGCGAGAUGUGAUUGCCGCUCAGGCCUUCUCCAAGGUAAAAAUGCCAACCGAGGUCAAAAAGAGUCGGCGUCACCCCCUCAGCAAGCCCCCCAUGCGCUCCCCUCUGUCCAUCCUCAAGCAAGACCCGACCAGUGACAAAGAGCUGUCCUCCCCCAUGCCCCUGGACAGUGACAUGAAAAAACAGGAGCACCUGUGGCAGAAUCACUCGCCCAACUUCCUGGCGGAGAAGGCCUUUAAUGCGGCAGUGGCAGCACUCCAGCCCCACUGCGCUGUCUGUUUACUCUUCUGUCCCUACACAAAGCCUCACAAGGACAUUUUUGUCGCAAAUGAAACCAAGCGCGGCUCCCUUCCCCGCCUGACUCGUCCCCUGGUCCCAGAGAUGUGCUUCAGCGUUGGUGCAGGCAACACUGAGCCUCCACCCACCAACUAUCACAUUGGAGAAGAUGGAACCAGUCCGCUCCUCUGCUGUUCGUCCUGCCACAUGCAGGUUCAUGCCAGCUGUUACGGUGUGAAGCCAGACUCCGUCUGUGAUUCCUGGAUGUGCUCCAGGUGUGCAGCAGGAGCCUGGACAGUGGAGUGUUGCCUCUGCAACUUGCGGGGAGGAGCUUUGAAGACUACCACGGACAACCGAUGGGUGCAUGUCAUCUGUGCCAUCGCUGUAGCUGAAGCUCGCUUCGUCAAUGCCAUUGAGAGGGAGCCCGUGGAUGUCAGUGCCGUUCCAGAGACGCGCAAGAAUCUGAAGUGUGUGUUCUGCCACGGAAAGACUGCCAAUCAGAACCGCGGCGCCUGCAUCCAGUGCUCACACGACAACUGUGCCACGUCCUUCCACGUCACCUGCGCCCAACUCGCCGGAGUUGUCAUGACACCGGCCGACUGGCCGUACGUGGUGUCCGUCACCUGUCAAAAGCAUAAAAGGGGCUCCUCCAAGCCGAGGACGACAUCCAAAGGCCCGCAGAGUCCGAACCUCAGCCAGAGGGUGAUCGGGCGCAACAGUGACGGCUGGUACUACCACUGCACCAUCAUCGGCAUGGCAACGCAGACAUACUACGAGGUCAACUUUGACGAUGGCUCGUAUUGUGACAACCUGCACCCAGAGAAUAUCUUGAGUCAUGACUGCUUGCGUACCGGCCCUCCUGAGGUGGGGGAGUUGAUUGUGGUCAGCACAGCCGAGGGUCAGGUUGUCAAUGCUUCCUUUGUCAGACAGCACACCCACAAGUUCUACCAGGUUGAGUUUCAGGAUCAGAGCCAGUUGAUACUAAAACACUCAGAGAUCCAUCAGCUGGAACAGGAUCUGCCAAAGAGGGUCAGGGCAAGACUGGCCAUACCUGUGCCGCUGGAGGAGGUCUCAUCAGCGGAUGAAGCCCAAGCAGCAAAACGCCGGCGCCUGCCCUCAGACUCCUCCCCAGUGGCUGGACCCUCCAUGGGGAUGUCAAAUCAACCCGCCUGCUCCCUCGCCGCAGCGCCAGUAGGAGUGCUCGCAGCAGAGGAUCACAGUAUUCACACACUGCCGAACUCACAACCUCCGGCCCGGCCCAGCAUUACCUCGCGUGACGUCGUCGGCCCACCCGAUGGUAUUCAGAUGGACGCCGAGACGGCAAUGGACAUGAGCGUCGCCCUCACCGAUGCUCUAACCGAGUCAUCCCUGGCCUCGGACCCCACGCCGGCACCACAGUCGACGCCUUUUUCAGUCGACGUCUCCUACAUGGAGAGCAUCUUCCAUUCACAUUUCGCUCAGGACAGCAGUCAAGGACCCCCGUAUUAACAAGUAACUCCACUAUAUUGCUGCUCUGCUAGUGGAGGCAGACCCGUUAGGAAGUAGGGCGGAUUCUACCGAGGGCUGUAUUAACGGACAAAACCUUUUCUCCACUGACUCAAGAGUACAAGACGGUAGCGAAAAAGGCACACGAGCACUCUUUAAUGCAUGUUUGUUUUCUAUUUUUGAGUUAAUGUAUUUGCAUUGGUGCUUUAGGUUGCUCUGAAGCAGCAGCUAAAUAAUUUCUGUUUUUUCAUUUGAAUAUUAUUAUUAAUUUCUUUGGCCUUCUAGGGUUUUUCCCCUUUUGGUCCGCUGCUGUGCUUUUCUGCUCCAUCAUAAUAUGAAUACGUCUCUGGGUGGUAUCAACUCCAUACCUCGUUGCAUUAACUCAAUAACAGCACACUCCCAUUUUCUUUUGUACAGGACUAUAAUAGCCUCUCUGCACCGAGGCUCCGUGUGGACUGAGCCUUUUUCUUUCUUCUUUAAAUAAAAUAACCAGCAACAAAAUAUAUAUAUUUUUCAAUGCAGCUUUGAAAGUCUUUGGUGGAACUAAACUUUCACAUGGUCUGAUGGUCUGCAGGAUAUUCGCAGUACGGUAUUUUAUUGUUAGAGGUAAAUGGGGAAUUGAGGUAAAACAUGUAUUGUAGGAGGAACUCAGUAUUUAAAUGUCUUAGUCGAAUAUUGAAUUAUUUGUAAUAGAAAAACAGUUUGAAUGUUGAAUGCAAACCCGAGUGUCUGUAGGAUGCAUAGAAACGUUGUGAAGAUGUGUCAUGGUAAUUAACUAAUGCAAUCUUAUGUAUUGACAUUAAAACUCAUUUGGCAGCUCCACUUUUCACCCAAAACUCUCAGGGUUCCUACAUUAGGAAAAUGAAUUUCAUCAUUUCGUCCAACUCUUCACACAUUUACAGAAGUUCACAACAGCCUAGAGAAUGUUGCACGGUCUUAAUUGGAAUAGGAAUAUUCAAUACAUUGCUACUGUUAACAGUGUCCACUAUGAAUGACAUCUUUCUCCUUUUAGCACACCAAUUACCCAAAACUAUAACAUCAAUUACGGAAGUACGGGAAAUGUUUCAUAGUUGGAAGAAAGCAAAUGUGUAUUGUUUGUAGGAACCCUAAAAUCUGGAAACAUGUUGCCUCUUGGUUUAAAUUGUAUGUACAAGUCAAUAUUGUGUAUAUAUAUAUGGUUUUGUAUUUUUGUGUCCUUUCUAUGUUCUUUUUCUGAAUAUAAUCCACAAACGUGCGCAAUCUAAAAUAUGAAUUGACAUUUUAAAAGGCAUAUUACUCGGUUCGUACUGUCAAAUACAUAUUUCUCCCCAGGUAUGAUCAAUCUGUGCUUCAGAGGUGCUACUACUGAUGAGUUUCCCAACACUGUCACCUUGUACAUAUCGUAGGCCUUGUGUUGUGAAUCAAAUGUGUAAAUGACAUGCAUAUACCUUUCUUUUUUCUGUCACCUCAAAUGAAAUGUUGGGCCUCAGGUAUGGUCCUGUGUCCAAAUAAUUAAGAUAUUUUAUUUCAAACGGAUUAAAGUUGGUUGCUAGUUUCAA